AGUCUGGCUUGCGUCCAAUUAGAUUGGUCGAGUCUGGACACUGUCGACGUACGCUCCAACGUCACCGUACGCCGGAAGAGUUCCAAGAGGCAGCAUGGUCGCCACAAGAAGAGGGGUGCGCGUGAGCUCCCCAAAUAUAGAAGAAAAUGCGUCUUCUGUCUCUGUGGAGGCCACUCCAGCCACCAGAAGAACGAAGAGAAAAACCGUGAGGGAAGAUUCCCAGUCUGAGAAAAUCAGCCAUUCUCAGCAUGAAGGAGGUGAAGAGGGCAGCACUUCUGCCUCUCCUGAAAUGAAGAGCUCCACUGUGAAGAGGAAACCCAGACAGUCAAAACGCCAGGUCCGCAUUGAAGACCAGCCGGACUCCACGCACGAAGCGGAUGUCUCCGAGUCAGAGUCUUGCUGCUCUGCGGUCUCAGACCUGCAGGCCCCUGCUGAUGUCCAGGGCACUCGCCGCAGGAGAAGAGGCGCCUUGGCCCUGCAGAUGGCCAGCACUGGGAAGGAGGAUGUCCUCUCUGAGGCAGAGUCAUGCUGUUCUUCUGGAUCUGCUCACCAAGGGCAGAGGACCGCUAGAGCCACCAGGAGUCGCCAGAGGGGCGUGACCGUGGAGGGUCAACCCCCCAAAUGUGCAAUUCCUGACAAUGAGAACUCUGAGGCGGAAUCUUGCAGUUCUGCUUUUUCCGGGACAAGAGUGCUGACCAGGAGUCAGAAGAGGAUUACGCUGUCCAGGGCUUCCUCCAAAUCACGCACGGAGGACACUGAGGUUUCUGAGGUGGACUCCUGCUGCUCCAGCCUCUCUGGCUUGCAGCAGUCCGCUCUCCGCAGGUCAACACGGUCCAGGAGAGGCCGGGACAUGCAGCCCGUUCCCAUUUGCCUGGAGGAGAACGCAGGUGGCUCCCCCUUGCCCAGGAGGCAAACGCGAGGCAGCAGGGCUAAGCCGGAGCCGGCCUGUGAGCCUCUGCCUGAAUCUGAUGGGUUUGAAUCCGGUCCAAGCAUGACACCAAGGAGGCCCACUCCCAGCCAGGCUGCAUCCGUACCGCAAAGCCUGGUCAUUUUAUCAGAUUCAGAAUCCGAGGCGGCAAAUGUCUACAGCCCUCUUGGAAGCCCAAGCUCUUCAAGGGGAAAGGGCACUCCAACUAGUAGUCGUACAGGAUCAGGAAGUAGUGUUCGGGUACUUUCAUUCCCACAGAUCGCUGAAAAGGCUUUGAAUGUUCUAGAAGAACAAGAGGACUGUGUUGCUUCUGCUUCCUCUGGCCAACUCAUCAGUGAACAGCCAGAAAACCAGGAGGAGGAGAGGGUUGAGAGUGGAAUGGAAGACGGACCCUUGGAUGAUCAGACGGACCCUUGCCGAUCUGUGACGGUAACAGUGACUGAAGCUGCUGAGGAUAAGGAGGCUGUUGCCAUGGUUGUUGAUUCACUUGUUAGUGGGGAAUGUUCACUGAUAGAAGAGGUGAGUGAGGAUGAUAAGACCCUGAUUGCAGAGGAGGAGGAGUGUGCCGCAGCUGUAGCUGUGGAAGAUGAGGUGGAGCCUCAGAUCGUCCGGGAAGCUGCGCUUGUGAAGGUGACGAUAUGCAGCAGCACUGAGACUGAAGAAGUAAACGAAGAAGAAGAAAGGACCAUGGCUGAAGAUCUCCAGGUGGCCCCUACAUUGAUGGAAGAAAACCAGGAGAGUGAGACACAGACCAGCAAAGAUGAAAUAAUCGCACCAGGGAUGUUGGAAGAGGAAACUGACCAAGUACAAUUCCACAUAGCAGAAGUUUCUCCAAGUCAGACUGUUAAGGUGAUAGUAUCUGAUCCUGCUUUGUCUGAAGAGAAAAAAGUAGAUGACAAUGCCAUGGACCAAGAUUCUGUGGCUACUGUGAGUCAGGAGUUGCAUGGAGUGAGCGAGAAAGGUAAUUCUUCAGCUGAAAAGUAUGUAAGUGUAUGCUUGGCAGAAGAAACGGAGCCUGGCAUUGCACAAAAACCGGAUUGUAGCUUAAUUUUGAUAGACAGCAGUGAUGAAGAAGGUGUGCACAGUGACGGUGGACAUUCAGGGAGGGAGAGUGGGGACGAGAAGAACAGCAAAGGUUCUGACAGCGAUGAGGAAAUCAUUUGUCCAGAAGAGGACCUGGCAGGUCCAUCAAAACCCCAAGCGGCCUCUCCGUUGCCAUUGGCUGAUGGACUGUUUGUCAUAGACACUCAGCCUGGCUUUCAUUCCGAUGGAAAAUACUAUUUAGAUCAGGAGAAAAGUGGUGAAGACGAGGGAGUGGAGGGAGAGGAACGCCAUGACAUAGACGAUGAACAGGAUGAAGAAUUUGUGGAUGAAGAGGGAGAUGAAGAUGAUGAUGCAGAAGAUUCUAUUCUCUUCAAAAGCAAAAGCAAAGAUCUUAUCGAGUUGUCCACCAGUAUUGAUCCAGGACUGAAAGUUAAGGAUAUUGGAGGCUUAUACAUCAGUGUUGAUGGCAGCAAAUCCAAGGGUGCGUUGAAUGCCAUGAAAAAAUUGAAAGAACAGAAGGACCAAGACGGCCUAAUGCAGAGGAGCAUCAUCGGUCCAGAUUUUGAAAAGAAGGACUCUGUCCCUCCUUAUAAAGAGUCCAAGCAGGCACUGAAAGUGAAACGCAAAGAGGAGAGGGCGAAGACCACUGGAGAUGGAUGGUUUAAUAUGAAGGCUCCCGAAAUGACGGAGGAAUUAACAAAUGACCUUAAAGUGCUAAAAAUGAGGGCUGCGAUGGAUCCAAAACGCUUUUACAAGAAGAAUGACCGAGAUGGGUUUCCCAAGUACUUCCAGGUUGGCACAGUUGUGGAUAGCCCUGUGGACUUCUACAAUUCAAGAGUUCCAAAGAAGCAGAGGAAGAGAACCAUGGUGGAUGAGUUGCUUGCAGAUGCAGAAUUUAGAAAUUACAAUAAGAAGAAAUACAAGCAGAUCAUGACAGAAAAAGCAGCACGUGCAGCUGGCAAGAAGAAUCGCAAAAGUAACAAAUUCCGCAAGAAGCAGGGAAAUUGACCAAAAUAUGUAACUUUGAUGGGCUGAAGAUUCUCAAGAAAUAAAAAUAACUAUCAUGCUAUGUUUUUAUUUUAUUUUAUUGUAUAGAAAUUCUGAUUUCCAUUUUUUCAAGUGUUUAAAAGCAUAUUAACCUAUGAAUAAAUAUGCAUCACCAGGACGGCCUGAAAUACUAAAUGGGACCAACUGCCAAUGAACUUUACUGUGCAUAGUUUUAUAUGAUCCAUUAAAGAUCAGUACUGCUGUCUGCUGGACGGAAAUGUGAUUUUUCAUUUUUCAGGAAAACUUCCUAGUACUGAUCUCAAAAGGAAUGCGAAGUCUUAAAAGAAAUACUUAGCUUGUUACAUUUUUAACUGGUUUAGAACACUGUCCUUUAAUAAGGAAGACAUUGCUGAGUAAUUUCUUAACACGCUUAAAGGAAUGCCCAGUUAAGUGUAAUAAACUGGAUGAAGUGGCAUGUUGGGUCUUUUUUCCCCCCUAAAAUGCUCAUUUGAUGGAUGCUCAGAGCUUUACGCCUUAAACGGGAAUUAAGACCUAACUGCAUCCUACUGUUAACUGGGACUUAAAAAAAAUAAAUUAUUUAUUUUACAAUAGCA